UGGACACGGCGCAGUACGGAGGUCAGCAGGUUGCGGUGCUCGCGGACCACAGUGGUUUGGCGUAGGGAAUAUGUGUGUUGACAACGGCAACCAGCAUGUUCGGCAGACAACACUCCGGGAUAUGCGAUGCUUGUAUGCGAAUAGAUGAAUAACGUUUCAAUUGGAUUGCCUGAAGAUUUCUUUGGAGAUAUUGUGUGCGUGGUUUCUUGUUUCUCUCUUGGCCUAGUAAAGGCACUUGACUUGAUCUGGUUAGAUCCCCCAUUCACACCACCUUUCGUAUUUCCCUGGAGCACGGAGAUUGCAGAAUAUAUGAUGAAGUUUAAACCCAACCAGACGAGGACUUAUGAUGGUGAAGGUUUCAAGAGACGAGCGGCAUGUUUAUGCUUCAAGAAUGAAAAAGAGGACGAGGUGUUGCUGGUGAGCAGCAGUCGGCACCCGGACCAGUGGAUUGUACCAGGAGGAGGGAUGGAGCCUGAGGAGGAGCCGUGUGGAGCAGCAGUCAGAGAGGUGUACGAAGAGGAUCAUGUGAACAGAGCCAUGGGCUCCAGUCCUGGAAUGUUGCAAGGCUCUCCCAAUACAGUCAGCGGCCGGGCUGGUGUAAAGGGGAAACUUGGCAGGCUACUGGGGGUUUUUGAGCACAACCAGGACAGGAAACACAGGACAUACGUCUAUGUCCUGACUGUGACAGAGACCUUGGAGGACUGGGAGGAUUCUGUCAACAUCGGUAGGAAACGGAAGUGGUUCAAUAUCGACGAGGCUAUCCGUGUGCUGCAAAGCCACAAGCCUGUCCACGCAGAGUACCUGCGCCGACUCACAGCCACUUGUAAUCCCACAUGCAGCUCCACCUGUUGCGGCCCCACCAAUGGCAACACCUGGGUGUUCCCCAUGACGGACGACAAUGCCCCUGACUACGUCAACUCCACCACAGGGGACAGAUAGAGGACCUCCCUCGGUCAACAGAUAGGACAGAUAGGAUAGCCGCCAUCAGAGGAACCAGCAUCAUAAGAGGACCUAGCCUAGGUGCCAGUCGGUUUCUGCUGUCCUGCUAACUCCUUGUGGACUUGUCAUGUUUGGCUUGACAAUGACAGUAAUGGAGUAUGGCAAGAGCACAAACUGAUCUGGGACCAAGCCAAGGAGGACCCAAGAGGACUCUAGAGUGGAAGUACCCAGAAUAGACAUUUUGCAUGGAUUCCUUUCUGUGUUGAUUCUUAAUUUGUACGCUAUGAACUGUCUAAGUUAAAAGGAAUUCAUUAUUUUAUUAGGGGGCAUGAAGAGUGUGAAAAUGUGUCAAAUGGAUAUUCAAUAUUUUUCUUUGUAUAUUGUUUUUAUCAAUUGUCAUCAGCCAAAUAAGGAUAUAUAUUAUUAAUAAAAACUGGAUCUUAAAGCUAAUCUCUGUUAAUGAGAUCCAUUAGUCAUCAGCUUUCUAUCAUUAGAAUGAUGUCAACCUCUGUGAAAAGGUCCUUUGUUUCAAGUUAUUCUUGCAAGUUCAUCUUACAUUUUGAUUAUAUAAGGUCAAAGACUACAGUCUAUGGUCAGACUGCAGCACUUUGGUGAACUGCUUUCUGCUUGAAGUAGCUCUGAUAGGCCAAUAGAGGGUAGUGUUACCUCUGGAAAGGCUUAUUUCCUUGAUUUCAAAACCCCAAAUGCAGCUUAGUUUAGGGCAAAGGUAGGAAACCUUUGUCAGGGUGCCAGAACAUACUUAUUUAGUAUUUAUUUGGACCCCCACUUAGCUGCUGUUGAGGCAGUGGCUGCUCUUUCUUGGGUCCAAACAGGAAACAACUCAAAUCAAAUGCAUAAUAUAUACACAAUACUUGCAGAAAGUAUUCACACCCUCUCACUUUAUACACUGUUUUUGUUACACCCUGAAUUUAAAAAUAAUCAAUCAAAUAAAGGUUUUUGUCACUGGCCAACACACAAUACCAUAUAAUAUCAAAGUGGAAUUAUUU